AUGCCGUCGACACCAAUUGACGACCAGGGUCCGACCAUUCUGGCCGUGUGCUGGAUACUCGUCUCGACUCCGGCUCUGAUUGUGAUCCUUCGGAUGUAUUGUAAGGUCAGACUCAACAGAGGGUUUGGAUGGGAUGACUUGGUAAUAUGUCUCGCACUGGUACUUCUACUUGUCUAUACAGGUCUCACUACCCGAGGCGUGCAAAUGGGAGUAAUCGGAAAGCAUGCUGGCAAUAUCGACGACCCAUCUAAAAUACCCGGAGCGCUGAAAUUGAUAUACAUUGGGAUGGUCAUUGCCAUUAUCAGCUGUGUGCUGAGCAAGACCUCUUUCGCUAUCACCCUACUGCGAAUUGUGACGAGCACCUGGCAGAAGGCUAUUCUCUGGUUCAUCAUUAUCUCGAUGAAUAUCAUCAUGUGGCUCUGCGCCAUUUGCUACUUACUCCAGUGUAAACCGACCGAGGCGCUCUGGAACUCGGAGCUCAUGCCCACGGCGGACUGCUGGCCAAGUCAUAUUUUCGAAACGAUUGCGCUCACCGCCGGAGCCUAUUCCGGUUGUAUGGAUUUCAUCCUGGCCUUGCUGCCGUGGUUGGUGAUCUGGAAGCUCCAAAUGAGACGACGCGAGAAACUAGGCAUCGCAAUCGCCAUGAGUUUGGGUAUCUUUGCUGCCGCGACAGCCUUUAUCAAGACAACGAAGCUCACCAAUGUAUCGAACCUGGCCGACUACACCUAUGCUUGCUCUGAGAUUCUCAUAUGGGCGUCGGCUGAAACGGGUCUCACCAUCUUCGCCGCGUCAAUUCCUUCCCUCCGCGUACUUUUUGUCCGGAUGCACUCAUCCUACAAUCGAAGCGACGAACCGUCUUCAUACAACAACUGUAGCAACUCCGCUAAGAAGGGUCGGACCCGUCGUAGGCUGUCCGGAUUCCGGAACCGUGACCCUUACUACUGUGACGAGCCCAUCACUCUCCCUGAUAGACGGGACGAUAAUAGUUCUAAGAGUAUUCUCAGCAGCCCAGGCAUCAGGCAAACACAAGAGAUCAUUGUGACCUACGAUCAGGCCCCCAGUGAGAACGGAAGUAUGGGGAACAGGCUGGAUGUCCGGCAGCCCAGUCCGCACCGUUAGGAGGGAGAACAUCACACUCAUCUAUUGUAUUAAUAGUAUCAUUGACAGGCCGGUGGACC